GUCUGCCGGGUUAAUCCUCACAGCAGCAGCAGACCCAUAUUCCAUGCGCGGUGUAUGCUGGGACACACAGCAGUUUCAAGAUGGCGGCGAGCAGGAGGCUGGCCAAGGAACUUGAUGAGAUUCGCAGGUCUGGAAUGAAAAACUUCAGAAACAUUCAAGUGGAGGAAUCAAACCUAUUGUCAUGGCAAGGGCUCAUUGUUCCUGACAAUCCUCCUUAUGACAAAGGUGCGUUCAAGAUCGAAAUCAUUUUCCCCACCGAGUACCCCUUCAAGCCCCCCAAGAUCACAUUCAAGACAAAGAUCUAUCACCCAAACAUCGACGAGAAGGGCCAGGUGUGUCUGCCUGUGAUCAGCGCAGAGAACUGGAAGCCUGCCACCAAAACUGACCAAGUUAUUCAGUCCCUCAUCGCGCUGGUGAAUGACCCCCAGCCAGAGCACCCCCUGCGGGCAGACCUAGCAGAAGAAUACUCAAAGGACCGUAAAAAAUUCUUGAAGAACGCUGAAGAGUUUACAAAGAAACAUGGUGAAAAGCGGCCAAUGGACUGAUCACCUGACGAGCGUGUAGCCCUCUCUCUGUCUCUCUCUCCUCCUCUCCUCCUCUUCUCCUAUCUCACCCCCCCCCCCCCCCAACAAUUACCCAUAAUCCUUUAGCUCCCCCGCAUCACCUGCCUCACUCAUUCUCCUCCCCUACACCAGUCCCCCCCCAGCAGCCCCAGAGCCCCCCAGCUGAAGCCAGGCAGCAGCAGCAGCCUCAGCCCCCACCCAGGACUCUCUGUGGAUCAGACGGCUUCCUCCCUUCCUCUCUUCUCCUCCUCCUCCUCCUCCUCUCGGCCACCCCUCCUCCCCAAGCCCUGAUCAUUUCUAACUUUCUACUCUUUUCUUAAUGUGAAAAUGGAAAAAGCAAAGUUAAGGGAAGCUGAUGCUCAGAUGAAGAGUUAGAUUGAAAUACUCAGUCAUGUGUUAAUUUUCUGUUCCCUCCAUAUAAACAGCUCCUGUGUUCAAUAGAUCUCAUAUAGACAUGAUUGAUUGACUGGUUGGUUGAUUUUUAGCAGGAGAAGUGAUCGAUUCUUUUCUUUUCACACAUCAUCAGUAAUAUUUAAAAAAAACACCCAACAGGAGCUCCGACCACUUCUACACCGGCAAUGUGGGAUUCACAACCACCACCCCCCACACAUCCCCCCCACACAUCCCCCCACAGCACGCACACACACACACACACACACAAGCCAGCCAAACAUGGAUAAAUUGAAUUGUUGUUGCUGAAAGUACUGCAGAAGAAGUAAACAUUAGUCUCCAAACACUCCAAACAUGUGGUCCUCCUCUUCAGCGGCAUACACACACACACAAACACACACUCGGUCUGUCCCCUUAUGAUCUUCACACACUCACACACACCAGCUGCAUGACUAAAGCCUCCUGUCAUUUCCUUUCCUCAUCACGAUCAUUUCUCCACUUUGAAUAGUUUGAUUGGCACUUGAUGUAGAGACGAUGAUGAUGAUGAUGAUGAAGAAGAAUAAGCUGUGGAGUUAAUUAGACGUCCCCCAGUAGAAGCACCUAAAACAGAAUCAGAGCCCUUCACCACACUGAGACAGAGUCCAGCAGCUCAGCAACUGUCGGCUGCCCAGCUGAGAGGGACCGAGCCCCGUCAGGAGGAGGAGGAGGAGGAGCAGCCCUGGGGCACGAUGAAGCUCAGCUCCUGGAGGCGGUCCGGGGAAAAAAGCACCUUGAAUGGCAGCUGGGAGAGGGCAGGCUUUCCGGGGUCGUGUCAGGACACGGGAAGGGACUUCAGUGGCCAAAAACAACCACCAUGUAACCGCUGUUUGAUCUGCUCCCAAUAUUGUUUCAUAAUAAAGAUGGCUGACCAUUUGGCCUCACUGUU